GAGAGGCGGAGCCGAGGCCUCUGGCUGCCAUCUUAUUAACAGAGCUUGCACGAGGGGGAGGGCGAGGCGCGCGGGAGCAGCGGCAGCAACAGCAGCAGCAGCAGGGACAAUGGAAGGCGAUGCCCUUAGGAACAGCCAAGCCAAGGGCAGCCCCGCGGUGAGGAACUGCCAAGAGAAAAGCUUCCGCGGCGAGGGGUCAGGGCUGCAGAAUUCAGCCGCGGUGCCCAUGCUGCCGGCUAUGGAGCUGGCGGAGGAGCCGGAGAAAGCGGCGCCCAGAGGCAAAGUCAAGGACCCCAACCCCUACAAACUUCUAUCCCUGGUAUUAUGUGUCAUUGUGCUAACAAUAAUCCUAGGAUGUAUAUUUGGGCUGAAGCCUAGCUGUACAAGAGAUGUCAAAACCUGCAAAGGGCGUUGCUAUGAGAGAACAUUUGGAAGUUGCCGCUGUGACAGUGAAUGUGUUAAACUUGGAAACUGCUGUUUAGAUUUCCAAGAAGCCUGUAUAGAACCUGCUCAUAUAUGGACCUGCACCAAGUUUCGGUGUGGUGAGAAGAACCGGCCAGAAUACCUCUGCUCCUGUUCAGAAGAUUGUGUGAAAAAUAAUAAUUGCUGUGUCAAUUAUUACUCAGUUUGCCAAGGAAGGACAAGCUGGCUUGAAGAGAAAUGUGAGGACAUAAAUGAACUCCAGUGUCCGAAAGGAUUUACCAAACCUCCAAUAUUGUUGUUUUCUUUGGAUGGAUUCAGAGCUGAGUAUUUGCACACAUGGGGUGGACUUCUUCCUGUUAUUAGCAAAUUACGAAAAUGUGGAACAUAUACACAUGGGCUGAGACCAGUGUAUCCAUCAAAAACAUUUCCCAAUCAUUACAGCAUUGUUACGGGCUUAUACCCAGAAUCCCAUGGUCUAGUGGAUAACAAAAUGUAUGAUCCAAAGAGAAAUGCUUACUUCACACUAAAAAAUGCAGAGAAGUUUAACCGACAGUGGUACCAAGGACAGCCAAUUUGGCUGACAGCUACAUAUCAAGGACUAAAAUCUGCCACAUAUUACUGGCCUGGUUCAGAUGUUGAUGUUAAUGGAAGUUUUCCAAACAUCUACAAAUUAUACAAUGGGUCAGUACGACAUGAAGAAAGAGUAAUAACUUUUCUUAGCUGGCUACAGUUACCAGAAGAGGAAAGACCACACUUUUACACUCUGUAUUUAGAAGAACCAGAUUACUCAGGCCACAGAUUUGGACCAAUCAGCAGUGAAGUCAUUCUUGCACUACAGAGAGUAGACAAGGUGGUUGGGCUGCUGAUGGAUGGUCUUAAGCAAAUGAACCUGCACAACUGCAUUAACAUUAUUCUGCUUUCUGAUCAUGGGAUGGAGGCAGCUAGCUGCAGCAAAGCAGCAUACCUAAAUACAUACUUGGAAAGGGUUCAAGACUUGUUUGUGGUACCAGGCCCUGCAGCUCGCUUGAGGCCCCAAAAUGUUCCAGAUGAGUAUUACUCUUUUGAUUACGAAGGCAUUGUCAGAAACCUUACAUGCUUGGUCCCAGAUCAGCAUUUCAAGGCAUACAUGAAGCACCUGCUCCCCAAGAGAUUUCAUUAUGCCAAGAAUGACCGGAUUGAACCUGUGCAUUUCUAUACGGACCAGCAGUGGCAAUUUGCUCGGAUGCGCUCUGAGCUCAAGUAUUGCACCGGUGGAUUCCAUGGGUCAGACAAUACAUUUACAAAUAUGCAGGCUCUGUUUAUUGGAUUUGGACCUGGAUUCAAGUUUCAAACUGAAGUUGAUCCCUUUGAAAAUAUUGAAAUCUACAAUUUAAUGUGCGAUCUACUAGGCUUGACACCAGCUCCCAACAAUGGAACUCAUGGAAGCCUCAACCAUCUUUUAAAGAAAGCCAGUUAUAUGCCAAAACAUCCCAAGGAAGAAAGCAAUCCUUCGACAUGCCCUUUCACACGACAGAGUACCGCUGCAGAUGACCAUGGCUGCUCAUGUGAUUCUUUGGGCUUACCACAGAUUCGACAAUGGAUAAAUUUCACCACUUCAGAAAUGAAGAAGAUUGAAAAACACAGUUUGCCAUUUGGGAGGCCCAGAGUACUCCAGAAGAAUCAGGUCUAUUGUCUUCUCCACAAUCACCAUUAUGUAAAUGGUUUUAGCCAGAAUAUCAAGAUGCCCUUGUGGAGUGCCUAUAUGGUUAACAAGCAUGACAAUUGGACUGCCUCUUCAGAAGCCAUCCCAAGCUGUUUCAAUGUCGACAAUCGCAUUCCUUUAAAUCGCAGCCAGAUGUGUUCAUUUUACAACAGCCAUCUCCAGCUAAACUAUGGAUUUCUUUUCCCGCCAUAUCUGAUAAAGGAUGAAAGAAACAGUAAAAAUGAAGCACUUUUAUCAAGCAAUAUUGUACCAAUGUAUCAUGCUUUCCAAGUGAUAUGGAACCAUUUUAAUGCAAUCCUACUGCCAACAUAUGCUGCAACCAGAAAUGGUGUAAAUGUCCUCACUGGUCCUGUGUUUGAUUAUGACUACAAUGGCUUGUAUGAUACACCCGAGGAAGUGAAAAAACUCAACAAUAAUCUUGAAGUCCUGAUUCCAACUCACUACUUCAUUAUACUGACAAGUUGCAAAAAUGUCUCCCAGACUCCUUUGCAAUGUGAAGGGUCUCUUGAUGUUGUAUCUUAUAUUGUACCUCACAAAGAAGACAACAGUGAAAGUUGUGCAAAUGACAAGUCUGACUCCUUGUGGGUUGAAGAGAGAAUGAAAUUUCAUAGGAGUCGAGUCAGAGAUGUGGAACUUCUUACAGGGCUAAGCUUUUACCAUGACAGAAAAGUGCCUGUGUCUGGCACCUUACAGUUAAAAACAUAUUUGCCAAGCUUGGAUACGGCAUAAUUGGGGUUUCUCUACAGAGAGAGAGAGACUAUAUUGCAGCAAAGAAAUGCUUUGAACACGCUGGAAGAUUUUUUUUGAAAAUGCUUGAGCAAAAUGGGAGCUGGAAAGAAUCUGUGCCACAUUUGUAUCUCAGGGACAUUUUAUGGACCAUGUAUAACAGAAGAGAGCAGCUUCUCUCAGCCUUAUUACCCACAUUAAUGUGGGUACUUCUUUGUAUAUUGUUAUUAAAGCCAAUCUGCCAGCCAUACAUAAACAGACACACGUGCAAGAUCAACAGCUCCUUUCAAUGACAUUAAAGUGUAUUGGAGUUGUUUUAUUUUGUUUAUUUGUUAAUAGUGGAUUUAUUUCAAAGUGAACCAACUGGCAUGUAUAUUUUAAAAAAUAAGAAAUAAUAUAAAUAUUCAACAAAAUGCUCUGGAGUUGUUUUGCACUAUGUACUGGAUGUCUAAUACAUAUUGAAGGAGGGUUCUGGUAGCUUUGUAAUAGCCCUGUGAUAUUUGAUGAAAAUAAAUAUUUCACCAGCAUAUCUGCACC